UUGCAUGCAGUGAGCAGCGGGACCCCCAGCUGGAGGAGGGGAGGAGGGGCUACCAUCACCCCCCACACGCUGCCUGACAGACAGUCUGAGCUCCGGGACUAACCUGACGGUAGUUCCAUCCCCGCUCCCGUAGCUCCGCAGCGGAAUACACCGGGAGUAACUUUGUUAAGAAGCGCGUCUCCACUUCCUGCUGUGGACUGAGCUCUGUGAGGGGUUCUGUUAGGGAAGCUUCACGAUAGCUGGAGUCGCCGUGGAGGAAAACGUACACAAUCACAGUGAGGAGACUUUGGCUAGGACCCUCCUCCUCCCUUCCUCUCCCCUCCGCCUGGCACAGAGAAGAGUGUGAGAGACGGAGCGAGGGAACGUGGGAAAGAGGAAGACGAUGUACCAAACGCUGCUCCUCUCCUCCUCCCUCUUCAUCCUCCAUGUGAUGGGCACUCCACAGUACUACGCUCACCACGGGAGGAGGGCAUGCGGGCGAGACCUCCAUCACAGCGCUGCCAUGGCAACAGAGUCGUACAUCGCGGCGGUGCAUAAUCCCUACAUCACCCUGUGUCAGGGGCAUCGCCUCUGCAGCACCUACAAGACGGUGUACUCGGUGGCGUACCGGCAGGUGAGCAGAGCAGCCCCUUCCUCAGGUUUCUACUCAGAGUGCUGCCCGGGCUGGAGGAGGUUUCACUCUCACGACUGCAACCAAGCUGUGUGUGGAACCCCCUGUGAGAACGGAGGUACCUGCUUAAGACCCAACCAGUGUGCCUGUCCGCUCGGCUGGACGGGACACCAAUGCCAAACAGAUGUGGACGAGUGUAGCGAGCAGCAUCCUUGCACUCAGGAGUGUGUGAACACAGCUGGCAGCUAUCGGUGUGUGUGCAGAGACGGCUUCAGACUUACAGGAGAUGGCCAUUUCUGUCAAAGCCUUCCUCCCCCCCCUCCUCCACCUCCUCCUCCCACCACCCAGGCAACAGUGGGUGGUCACACCGAUGCGGGUGGAGGGAUCAGCCAGAUGGAGAAUGUGACGGAGGAGGUACAGAGCCUGAGGGACAGAGUCGAGCUCCUCGAAAAGAAGCUGCAGAUGGUGUUGGCUCCGUUCAGCAGCUUCUUCCCGCCGUCGCUGGACGAUGGCUGGUCCGAGAAAACCACGUUACUGUCCCACUCCUUCCAGCAGCUCGACCGCAUCGACUCCCUCAGCGAGCAGAUCGGCUUCCUGGAGGAGCGCAUCGGAACAUGUUCUUGCCAGGAGAAUUAGCCAAACAUUUCCAGACAUCUCCAAUGAAGUUAAUAAUGACACAAACCUGCCAGAGAAUGUACAAACAAUGAUGGCCGAGAGCAAGUUCGCAAGAGAGGUGACGGCAUGAAGCAGAAACGCACAAUAAUCAUCACCUGUGAUUUUCACUAUUCCCAACAGUUUCAUUUACUUUUCUUGUUGAAUCCCUGUAACAUCUGAAUGAAACCCACUGAGGGUCAAAGGUCAAAUUGGCCACUUUGUUUCUGUUUGUUUUUGCAUCAGUGCAGCUGUGUCCUCUGUCAGAAGUGGACAUCUGUAUUUAUCUAUUUAAAUUAUGAUUAAGUUUAGUUAUUUCUCUGCGUUCCAAUAGACAUUUCUACCUAGUUUUGUAACAUUUUGUAAUAAAAAUUCUUAAUCAAAAA